AACACACUUUUCUGACAACAAGAGAGAACUGAACCAUCUUUUCCCGUUACCUCCUCGCGGAUUGGUGGGGCACGGUUCGCGUCAUUUGCAGUAUCGACUUGGCAACCGCGAUAUGUCCAAAGAUGCUUCGGUCUGCCAGAAGAAUUUCUUGUCAAUAUAGUCAACAAACGGGGCUUUCACCCUCGUAAUUGGGCAAGUUCGUAGUGUUACUUUCCGACGGAGUAUGGCAAUUCCUCUGGCUGUGAAAAGUCUCGCAAACAUGUUUCCCAUCAUCGCCAUCCCCCUCCUCCUGGCCUCGCCCGCGAGGGCAAGUUACGCCUUCUAUGUCGGCAAGUCGUUGACAGCCGAUGGCAGUGUCAUGGUUGGCGGAACAGGUGAGGAAGUGUCCAGUCACUGGCUGGAGAUCUUCCCGGCGAAAGACCAUGCCUAUAAUGCCACUAUGACCGUGGGAGUAACGGAGGAUGCGGUCCUGCCCGGCGAGCUCAUCGAAAUCCCUCAAGUAAACCACACUUUCCGUUAUCUGUCCAUGGAGUACUCGGAUUUCGAGGGCUUCCCCGCGCCUCUUACCAACGGCGGCCUCAACGAGUACGGGGUCGCUGUGCGCGACGUCUGGGCUGAGACACGCACCGAGUUAUGGGAUAUGACUCCGACGCCCCAGCGAGGUCUGCAAUACAGUGAUCUUGCUCGUGUUGUGCUGGAGCGAGCCACGAGCGCGCGUCAAGGUGUCGAAAUCAUUGGAGACAUGAUGGCCAAGUACGGUUAUGCCGACUACGGCGGCAACUCCCAUCUCAUCGCCGACAAGGACGAGGGCUGGCUGGUCUGGGAGUUUGCUGGUGGCCAGGGGUUGUGGGCGGCAGAGCGACUUGGGCCAGACGUGGUUCGCGUCCUGUAUCCGGGCUAUAUCGAGGAUUUCCCUAUCGACUAUGCCACCAACGGCACCGACUACUUGGGCUCUCCUAACCUGGUUUCCUUCGCCGUUGAGCAGGGCUGGUGGGAUCCGAAUGGCACCGAGCCCUUUAACAUCUUCAACGUCUACGGAUUGCAGGGCGAGAACUAUACUGCGCGGGAUGGAGGAUUCAAAUACAUGUCCCAAGGGGCACUCGAGAACGCGACUCUGGCCAUGGUUCCCUUGACGGAAGAAAAGCUGAUGGAGCGUGUCCGCGACUUCCGCAUCUCUGAUGACGAGGCCGGGUACGGACAGGUUGUUAGUCUGCGCGAGGAUAUCGACGCCGACCUCCUCCGUAUCUGGGUCGCUCCAACUGGCUCCGUCACGGCGCCCUUCAACCCAUGGUGGUUGGGCGUACGGAGCGUGCCAUCGGAGUACGGACAGCACCGGUACUUGACGAAAGGGUCUCCCAGCAGCUUUCUCAACCCCGACUUCCAACUCCAAGAAGCGAGCCAGUUCGCCGGCAGGAUAUUCAAGCAGCUUCUGUACUUUACUUGCUCGGCUCCGGACACGUACCUACCCAUCGUUCAAAAGACCCUGAACGGGCUUGAGAACAGCUCGCGCAGCUCCAUCAACAUGAUCGAGAAGAGCGCGUCUCUCCUAAUUUCAUCCGGGGACCGCGCCAGCGCCCAGGAACUUUUGACUUUCUUCUCUCACACCCGGGCUUCCGAGGCCCUUAUUGUCGGUCGGACGCUGGUUGAUUCGUUGGGCACUUACAUCAAGUUAACCGGACAGUGGAGAAACCCAGUCGGUACUGCCAUCAAUGACGCGGGCGAAGGAGCGGAGACAGUCAACUGUUUGGUUGGGUUGGACCCUGACCAGCCUAUCUGGAACCAGCUAACGAAUCCCAUCAAGAGAAGAUCAAGCCAACUUAAAGCAAGGAGAUCAACUCAGGAGGAGUUAUAAUGGACUGCUCGAGCUCCGCCGGUGAACUGCAUGGGAAGAUACGGGAUCAGGUUCAAGACGAUAGAUCUUCUCUUUUACACGUAAUUUACGUUGCACGGCAAAUAAUAUGAUAAUAUAGAGUUGGUCGACGUUGGUGGCAGGUGGAUGGAAAGUAUGCAUUGAGAUAAGCUCGAUACAGACCACAUCUCCUAUCCUGGAGCAGCUGGUCCAAUUGAAG